AUGGAGUGGAGGAAUUUUGUUGACAUGUCUUCUUUCUUGCUCUUUGAGGCUGCUGGUGAUUCGGAGGCCGAUUCUGAUCUGAAUAUGGAUGCAGUGGACACGAACGUGGCAGACGAUGAUGCACAAUCAUGCAGCUGCGAUUUUUCUGACUCGGUACUUGUUCCUGAGUUUGAUGAUUUUAGUGAUGAUCAGGGAUCUCUCCAUCAUGAUGAUGAUGAUGAUGAUGGUGAUGAGGAGGAGGAGGAAGCCAUUGACCAAAAUUGGACUGGUGACAGUAAGGUGGUGCCACCCUUUACAAUGCCAGGAAUGGCGGUAGCAGGACAACUCAAUAAAAUGAGGGCUUGCGUUGAUUCAAAUACAGAGAUGCAGAAGAACAGGGAUUUCUGGGAGACUUGCCUUGCAUCCUGA